CUAUGCGUCAAAUUACACCGUCCAAAAAAUAAUUCCGUUUGGUACAGCACUCCGACCGUAAAUGUAAUAAGUAUGACGUUGAUUACUCUGUAAUUUUGAGUAACUAUCAUUAUUCUAAGUGAAGCAAUAAAAUCUCAUUGUUGGGUGCAUAGAAACUCAAAGAGAACAUUGGUAUUUCCUCAGAUUCCCAUAGCAUUUGAAGGCAACGUGAGCCACCGCGUGGUUCCCCACCCUGCUGCCUUUGCCUCCCAAGUCCUGUGUGUGUGCAUACGCCGGACACAUCAUCGCUUAUCGUGAUUUCAUACAUUUAUUUUUCAGUAUAUUUUUGCACUGUCAUACUCAGUUUUGUUACCACCUGACCUAAAAUUUAGACCCACUGUGUUAGUUUCUGUUGUUAUUUUUAUUUAUCUAUUAAUUUUACAUAACCGGUACUUAUAAGCCAUUCUUUCCGUUUUUGAGUCUGAUGGCGGCGAACCGGGUGGGGCGGCGGGUCAACAAGGUGUGCAACCACCAGUCGCCCAACCGGGCCGGCGGCGGGCGCGAGCCGGGCGGCCACAGCCUGCAGCGGCGCCAGGCUCGAGUUACUGUCAAGUACAAUCGCAAAGAGCUCCAGAGGAGGCUGGACGUGGAGAAGUGGAUCGACUGCGGCCUGGAUGAGCUCUACAGGGGCCGGGAGGAGGACAUGCCCGAGGAGGUGAACAUCGACGAUCUUCUGGACCUGAAGACGGAUGCUGAGAGGACACACAGACUGCAGGAGAUUCUUCACUCGUGCAACAACAACACUGAGGUGUUCAUCGGGGAUUUGGUUGCCAAACUUCACGGCCUCCAGAAGCAGGAGGAGCUGCACAACGACGGCAUCGACCUACCACAGCUCCACAUCUAUCCCGCCCGUCCCGGAUCGGCCGACAGGGAGAUGCUGCACUGAGGAAGCGAGCGCACCCCUUCUACUAACCUUGCGCUGGCCACCUGCCACGAGGAAGGCUGGACCACAAAACAAGCACGCCCAAAUCCUGCAUCCAUCCCCCUCCAAGUGUUUUCCUUCGUCCAAAACUUCAACCGUGAGGCACAACAAACACAACCUCGAAAAGAUAUCUCCCAGAACCAGCAAGAACCUCAAAGCACAACAAGAAGUGGACCAUCAGAACUUUGAUGAUGAUCUCAAAGCAUUCGUUACACUUGACAAACAAUCAGAUCACUCUUUUUUGUUUUUCUUCAUUUUUACAUUUCAUUUCCUGAUUUCGCGGACACACACGCGCGAGUCUGUUUGAAACGUCAACAUGUGAUGUCACCUCACAAACACUCACAAAGCCGCGUGUGUGCACGUGUGUAUGGACUUUCCUGUUUCGCACACAAACAUUUAUCACACACUCCUCAGCCUCAAGCCUUGUUUGCGGCCACACGCACACACAUAAAAUACACACAAAUGGACGUACAAUAUACACAUGCACAUAUAACACACAGACAUGAUACAUCCUACGUGACACAUAACUCGCACACAAUUUACGAUAUGCCAACAAAUUUACACAGUCCAUACACUGAUGAACAUACUCAGAUUAAACAUAAUUCACAUGAAUGCAAAAUACACACACACAUCACUCACACAAAAUACACAUUACUCACACACAGAAUACAUAUUCGUUAUACAUAAUACAGACGUAUACAUUUACACAUAAUGCACAUGCACAAACAUGAUACAAACCAACCAUACAGUAUAUAUGAUGCACACACAUCCAUUAUACACGUUAUACAAAAUAGACAAUAAACAAACUCUUCACACAUUCACAAGACACGCUGCAUGCAUGCAUACAAAACACACACAGAUAUCUUUCAAAAGAUACACACGCACAUUAUAGACACACCACAUUGUACACGUAUACAAAAUGCACACAUACAUAAUGCACACUUUAUACUCGUGCAGGCAGACGAUACAUAAUCCACAAUAACACAUAAAUCACUCUUGCAGACAUAAUACACACAUGCAUGCAUUAUUUACAAAUGACACAUAUAAGACACACUUUUGUGUGGUUCAGAUUUUCCAGAUGUGUUUGGACAUGUUUUGAAAAACAAAACAAAAAAUUGUACUCUGAAAGGAUUCCCGUUGCACUUGUAUGGUAUUUUAUUUUGUAAUCCAAGCCAUGGUCCAUAACAGUCUCAAUUGAUGCAUGGAACCAGGAGUUCAGAACCAUUGACCAAAAUGCAUCAAUUGCUUGACAGAAAAGUAAUGUUUACAAAAUAAGAGGGAAUAAGUUUAAA